UGCAAACAGGAGCGUGUGUGGUCCUGCUAGAGGUACUUGUGCAGCGUGGCUGUCGCUCUCUGCAGGAAUAUGCCCAUCAGCAGCCUGCGGGAGAUCACCCUGCUGCUGCAGCUUCGGCACCCCAACAUUGUGGAGCUGAAGGAGGUGGUUGUAGGGAACCACCUGGAGAGUAUUUUCCUGGUGAUGGGCUACUGUGAACAGGACCUGGCCAGCCUCCUCGAGAACAUGCAGACGCCCUUUUCAGAGGCUCAGGUGAAGUGUAUCAUCUUGCAAGUCCUCAAGGGCCUGCAGUACCUUCAUGAGAACUACAUCAUCCACAGGGAUCUGAAAGUGUCCAACCUGCUCAUGACUGAUAAAGGCUGUGUGAAGAUAGCGGAUUUUGGACUGGCACGUACUUAUGGGAUGCCACCGAAGCCAAUGACCCCUAAAGUUGUCACACUGUGGUACCGAGCACCUGAGCUGCUGCUGGGGAUGACGACCCAGACCACCAGCAUUGACAUGUGGGCCGUGGGCUGCAUCCUCGCUGAGCUCCUGGCCCACAAGCCGCUGCUGCCAGGCACCUCUGAGAUCCACCAAAUCGACCUGAUUGUGCAGCUGCUGGGGACACCCAAUGAAAACAUCUGGCCGGGCUUCUCCAAGCUGCCGCUGGUGAGCCAGUACACCCUGCGGAAGCAGCCCUACAACAACCUCAAGCACAAGUUCCCCUGGCUGUCGGAGGCCGGCCUGCGUCUGCUCAACUUCCUCUUCAUGUAUGAUCCCAAGAAGCGCCGUCCGGUGCUGACGGGAGGUGGAAGGGGAGUUAGGGGUGGGGGCAAGGAGAAGCCCCUGCCCUGCGAGCCAGAGCUCAUGCCAACCUUCCCCCACCAUCGCAACAAGCGAGCAGCCACCACCAGCGCGGGGACGGAGAGCCAGGCGAAGCGCGGCAAGCCCUGAACCGCCGUCCCACGGGAGGAAGCGUCUCUUGCCCCGGGGAGCUGGCAGGAGCUGGCCCUGCUAGGAGGAGGUAUGGCGAACUUGAACAGGGAUGGCCAUCGCCCCUGGGGCUGGGCUGGGCGCAGGCUGCCUGCCCCGCUCUGCCACCCACUGGGGGCUUGCAUCUUGCACUGCUUGGCACCCGGCCCUCCUCAGCGGAGCAGCACCAGCCCUGUGGGCUCCAUCGCCCCUGGGACAGGCCCUGGCUGCGCUGCCCAGCCCUAUCGGCCCCGUGAAGGGUCUCGUGAGGGGAGCCUGUCCCGGCUGCCAGCACUCCCGUGUCCUGCGCUCAGCUCCCGCAUGGAGCUGCUGGACAGCUCGGCUGAAUUGCCGGCCCUGCAAUGGAGUGAGAGGGCCAGACCGCGAUGGGGGAGUGCUGCAACCUGCUUCCCUUCGCUUAGUGUCGGCUCCCUUGUGCUGCUUCAGAUCUAAAGAGGCUGCAGUCCGGGGCGGUGCUGGGAGCUGCAGGCGGAUUGCAGCCCUGCACCUUCCUCCUCCCUGGGGCUGGCAGCAGCAGCGCUGCCUGGCCAGGGUGGGAGAAAGGAGGGAUGGGGCCCUGGGCCUCCCUCGUGUUCGGCACUGAGACAUGAGGGUGCUGGCUGAGGGCCCUCAGCCUGCGCUCGCUGUCCUGCAGCAGGGCAGCUGUUGUGGGGGAGUAACUCCCAACUUUGCCUUUAAUAAAAGUAUCUGCAAACA